AUGACAGAAUAAUAUACAGCAAUAUAAGCAUCAAUAAUUGAAUGGAAAUAAUGUGAAUUAGACAAUACAAAAAUAAUAUAUACAAUAGAAGUUUAGAAAACUAACGGUACAAAAUGGUAAUUAAAGAAGAGAUAUAAAGAAUUUGAUGAAUUAAAUAAAAAUAUUAAAAAGCUCUAUGCAAAUAUUCCAGCAAUGCCAGGAAAAACAUUAUUUAAAAUAAAAGAUAAUAGUGAAAUCGACAAAAGAAAAUAAGGUCUAGAUACUUUUUUAAAAUAAAUAGUAUAAAGACCCGAUAUUUUCCAUUCUGAGUUUUUAAAUUAAUUUUUAGAAAUUGAUUAACACACAACAGACUAAUCAAUAAAUCCACCAAAAUUAUUAGGUGAAUUAACAGGUUUUAUUCAUGGCGUUAGAGAUUUCCAUUAUGAAUCUAACACUGGUUUACUUUUUGUAUUAUGUGGAGAUAUGAAUGUGGCUUCUAGAAUGGAUGCUUAUUUGACAAAUAUGAAAAUGCCAUGGGAAAAAGAAUAACCUUAAACAUUAUUAUCUGUAGGUACUUUAGAAUGUUGGAUAUAAUAAUAAAAAUCGGAUAAAUUUUAAUUUGAUAGAGUUUGGAGUUUAGCUUAUCCUUCUUAAGCUAUUUGUAUGCAUUGGGAGCCUAUUUCUUAGAUUCUAACUAUUGGAUUAGAUGAAGGAAAAAUUCAUUAAAUAAAAGUUCCAUAAGAUUAUUAAUUUUUAAGAUUUGAAAAAGUAUUAGAAUAUUAACCUCAUGAAUAUAGAAUUAUGGGAGUACAUUAUGAUAAUAUUAAUGAUAUAAUAUAUACAUGUUCAGAAGACAAAACAAUAAAAACAAUUGAAAAUAACUAAUGCAUAAAUGUUUUAAAGCAUAGUGAUACUGGAUUAACUUGUAUGUUAGCAGAUAAAGAAUUUAAAAGAUUGUUUGUUUCAAAUCGUUCAGGAAACAUUUAUAUUUAUAGCAUUUCUUCUAUUAAUCCGGAAUUAUUAAUUACAGUUUAAACAAUUUAAAAAGGAACUAUAAGAGGAUUAACAAUUGAUUUAGUGAAGAAUUAUUUGUUUACAGGCGGCUUUGAUGAUGGGGAAAUUUGUGUCUUUGAUAUUGAAAAACCUGGAAAAGAAAAAUUUGCUAAAUUAUCUGCUAGUUUAGUUGGAAAAAAAAAAGUGAGAUCUAUUUAAUGGUCAACAAGUAGAAGCGAAAUUUAUGUCGGGACAUAUGACGGUACUAUAACUAUAUGGAAUGCUAAAAAAGGAUAGCCUAUAUAUGUAAUGAAAGGACAUAAUCAUGAAAUUACUAAAUUAUAAUGGUUUGAAAGUAAUAAUAUGUUAGUAAGUAGUGCUAAGGAGAAAUCUAUAAAGUUUUGGUAAAUGCCUAAAGAGUGGAGAGAUAAACUAAUUGAAUAAUAAGAAGAAAAGCUUCUUUAAGAAGUUGUAUAAACCUAAAAUUUCUUAAAAGCAAAAGAACAAAUUAAAAAAGUUGAUGAAGAUUCUGACGAAGAUGAUUUAGCUGGAUGGCAUUAAUAUUGA